UUACGCACAUAAUUUACAGUCUCAUGUACAAAGGUAUGUUAGGGAGGCACAUUUACAUUUACAUUGUUACACGCGUGUCUACGUAGUUCACGCUAUUUACAGGGAGGGGGCACUAUCGUAGUCAAACUCUUAGCAUUGACUAUCAAGCCUUGCUAAAUCACCGCUCUCUCCAAGGAAACAAAACAAUAUAGAAUUGGGUUGACGGCGUGCAACAAGCAGAGACCCUCUUUCGACACGACAGCGCGCUUUCCCGUGGAAUGAGCGUUCCAUGCAGCAUCCUAGGUAUGAAUGACGUGGCCUGGCAGGAGACAAGAGGUGGGAUGCUGCAUGCAAAUGGUGCCCCUGAGACUGGAGUUGUCAGAGUUCAUGGCGGAGUGCCCUUAGCCUCGGUUGGGGGAGCUGUACAGGCUCCUGGAGGACCACAUUUACAGGGUAUGGACCGGGUUGUUAACCCUAUUCCAGGCACCCUGCAGCCCCCGCUGAGUGGACGAUCUCAGGAUGACGCCACAGUUGGAUACUUCUUUCAGAGGCAGCCAGGGGAGCAGCUUGGAGGUUGCCCGCCGAACAAGCAUCGCUGGCCAACUGGAGAUACGAACCAUGUGGAUCAGGUCCGUGCUGUGGAUGAAAUGAACUACGACUUCCAAGCUCUUGCUUUGGAGUCCAGGGGCAUGGGAGAGCUUUUGCCCGCAAAAAAGCUCUGGGAUUCGGAUGAGUUGGCCAAGGAUGGAAGGAAAGGGAUGCUUCUAGGAGAGGAGUGGAGGGACAAUGCCUGGGGAUCACCUCAUCACUCAGUGUCUCAGCCAAUCAUGGUGCAGCGGCGGCCAGGCCAGAGUUUCCAUGGGAAUGGUGAUGCCAAUUCUGUGCUUUCACCUCGCUCAGAAGGUGGAGGCCUGGGGGUGAGCAUGGUGGAGUACGUCCUGAGCUCCUCGCCAGGGGACAAGAUGGACAGUCGCUACAGGAACGGUGGCUAUGGUGGAGGAGAUGUUGACCAAGACGGGAGAGAGAAGGGUGAUGUCCAAGAGAAAGUGUCCCCCUUUGAAGAGGACAAGAGCCCAGAGAUGAAGGUGGGGGAGGAGAAUGAUCCAGCUAAAGCCAACGGAAGAGGACUUCUAAAUGGCAUGGACAGAGACUGCAAAGAUUUCAAUCCAACCCCCGGAAGUCGUCAAGCUUCUCCCACUGAGGCCGUGGAGAGGAUGGGUCCCAGUCAGACCAUGGAGAUGAUGGGGCAGCACCACCCCCACGCCAUGCAACAACACAACCCCGUCCAAAACAAGGCCCCGACUGAGGACUUCCAGAACCAGGAGGCCCAGAACAUGGGAGGUAUGGAGCAGCAAGGUGUGGAGUCCCUCCAGUUUGACUAUGCUGGGAACCAGAUCCAGGUGGACUCCUCGGGGACUCCGGUUGGAUUGUUCGACUACAGCUCUCAGCAGCAGUUAUUCCAGAGAUCUAAUCCCCUGACUGUGCAGCAGCUCACUGCAGCUCAGCAACAACAAUAUGCUCUGGCUGCAGCCCAACAGCAACAUCUUGCCGGCCUUGCUCCUGCAUUUGUGCCAAACCCUUACAUCAUCAAUGCUGGCCCUCCUGGAACUGACCCUUACACUGCCGCGGGCCUGGCAGCAGCAGCCAGUCUUGCAGGCCCCACCGUGGUACCACCACAGUACUAUGGAGUUCCCUGGGGAGUUUACCCGGCCAACCUUUUCCAGCAACAGGCUGCAUCAAAUGCCAAUCACUCAGCUAACCAGCAAGCAUCCAAUCAGGGACCAGGGCCGGGCCAACAACAGGUGAUGCGCACAGGAAACAACCAGAGACCUCUUACACCUGGGCAAGGUCAGCAGAGUCAGCAGGAGUCUCUGGCUGCAGCUGCUGCUGCAAACCCUGCACUGGCGUACGCAGGAAUGUCUGGAUAUCAGGUGUUGGCCCCUGCAGCCUACUAUGAUCAGACUGGGGCCCUGGUGAUGGGCCCUGGUGCCAGGACUGGUUUAGGAGGCCCAGUUCGUCUCGUCCAGACUCCCCUCCUCAUCAACCCAGCAGCAGCACAAGCUGCAGUGUCAGCGUCUGGCUCUGGUAACAACAUGUCCGGCCCUCCAGCCAACGGGAUGUACCGCUCAAUGCCUCAGCCCCAGCAGCAGCAGCAGCAACAGCAGGCACCCCCACCCAGCAGCGGUCUGCCCUCCAGCUCGUUCUACGGCUCUGGUUCAGUUCCCAACACUUCUCAGAGCAGCUCCCUCUUCUCACACACCUCUGCUGCGCCUCCCAGCUCCUCCCUGGGCUUCAGCAGUGCUGGCGGCUCCUUGGGCGUAGGCCUCGGCUCUGCUCUCGGAGGCUUCGGCUCCUCUGUAUCCAGCUCUACCAGUAGCAGUGUGUCUCGCAGGGAUUCCCUGUUGGCAAGCUCUGAUCUGUACAAACGUGGUGGUAGUAGUCUAACUCCCAUUGGUCAGCCCUUUUACAACAGCCUGGGUUAUUCCUCCUCACCCAGCCCCAUCGGCCUCACACCAGGUCACUCCCCGCUCACUCCUCCACCCUCUCUGCCCUCCUCUCAUGGAUCCUCCUCUAGCCUUCACCUAGUAUCCGGUCAUUCUCCGUUCCCAGGUGGCCUGACGAACGGCAGCGGGCGCUACAUUUCAGCAGCGCCUGGAGCUGAGGCAAAGUACCGGAGCACCGGAGGGACAUCCAGUCUUUUUAAUUCCAGCAGCCAGCUGUUUCCUCCAUCUCGGCCCCGGUACAGCCGCUCUGAUGUCAUGCCAUCCGGACGGAGCCGCCUACUGGAAGACUUCAGGAACAACCGCUUCCCAAACCUCCAGCUCCGCGACCUGCCAGGACACAUGGUGGAGUUCUCUCAAGACCAGCAUGGAUCCAGAUUUAUCCAGCAGAAGCUAGAGAGGGCCACACCGGCGGAGCGGCAGAUGGUGUUUGGAGAGAUUCUGCAAGCAGCAUACCAACUAAUGACUGACGUAUUUGGGAACUAUGUCAUUCAAAAGUUCUUUGAGUUUGGAAGCGCAGACCAGAAGCUGGCUUUGGCAACACGUAUCCGUGGACACGUCCUCCCCCUGGCUUUGCAGAUGUACGGCUGCAGGGUCAUUCAGAAAGCUCUGGAGUCCAUUUCCUCAGACCAGCAGAGCGACAUCGUCCGUGAGCUGGAUGGCCACGUGUUGAAGUGUGUGAAGGACCAGAACGGCAACCAUGUGGUGCAGAAGUGUAUUGAGUGUGUCCAGCCUCAGGCCCUACAGUUCAUCAUUGAUGCCUUCCAGGGACAGGUGUUCGUGCUGUCAACACAUCCCUACGGCUGCAGAGUUAUUCAAAGGAUUUUGGAGCACUGCACCCAGGAGCAGACUCUGCCCAUCCUGGAAGAACUGCAUCAACACUCUGAACAGCUGGGCCAGAAAUAUCAAGGCGUUUCAUUGGAGAUGACACCCAAAACAUGUUAUACAGUGUCCCGUGAUGCACUGUUCAAGGAUCAGUACGGUAACUACGUGAUUCAGCACGUUCUGGAGCACGGCAGACCGGAGGAUAAGAGCAAGAUAGUCGCAGAGGUUCGCGGGAAAGUUCUAGUCCUCAGCCAACACAAAUUUGCAAGUAAUGUGGUAGAGAAGUGUGUGAUCCACUCCUCACGUGCAGAGAGAGCCCUGCUGAUCGAUGAAGUGUGCUGCCAGAAAGACGGGCCCCACAGCGCCCUGUACACCAUGAUGAAGGACCAGUACGCCAACUAUGUCGUCCAAAGAAUGAUCGACAUGGCGGAACCUGCUCAGCGCAAAAUCAUCAUGCACAAGAUCCGCCCUCACAUUGCCACUUUACGCAAGUACACCUACGGGAAGCACAUUCUGGCCAAGCUCGAAAAAUAUUACAUGAAGAGCGGGUCUGAGCUGGGUCCCAUCGGCGGCCCCACUAACGGCCUCAUGUAAUCACGUCGACACACUUGGUCCCCCGAAGAGGAGAAAGAGAAGGAGCCCCCAAUCCCCCCACCCCUCCAUUCUGUGAGAAAUGCUCCUUAGCCAUCGGGGUUAUAGCCUUUGACACCCUCUGUCGCCCCUAUUUUGGGGGGUAAUUACCAAAAAGAAAAAAAAAACAAAACAAAAAGACAAGUCAACUUCACCUAAGAACGCUGUGACAACUGACCCCUGCCACUUUGCCGCCCCUGGUGCAGGCCCCCCCGGCGUGGCCCCCAGGGGACGCACAGUCAGCAGGAUGAUUUUUUUUUUUUUUUUCCUGGGUAAAGCACAAGCCCAUUGUUAAUGAUGUAAUUGAUGUAUUUGACUGGUUUUCAUAUUAUCUUGUACAUUUAGUUUUUUACCUUGUAAAUUCUCUGUAGAAAAACAAAACUUAUUACACAUUUGCUGAAAUUUCCGAUUCCUACAAUUAACACCAGCAAGUGAUUUUAUAAGGCUAAACUGAGUGAUCCUUUGAAGAAAAACAAGUCAAUUUGUUUUUUUUGUAACCAGACUCAUUAAGUCAGCUGUUCUAAUAGAAGUCCAGGCAAUUAAUAUUGUAUUUGUAUAUUCUCCCACGCACAGUAAGAGUUUUCUCAUGCCAAAGCAGCUGAUGGAUUAGGUUUUUCAAAUAGGACUACUUAAUAUAGAUGGAUUCAAACCGCUCCAUCCACUGGUGAGAACUACGUGUUGGUGCCACAGCCACCCAAGGAUCUCUAACAACCGGUUUGCGAGCUCGGCUUUGGGGACUGGUGCUGUAGUCUAGGGGUCGUUUAUUUUGCGAUGGUGGCUUUUUCUCGCCUCCUUUUUUUCCAAGCUUAAUGGGGGCCCGUGUUUACUCAGCAGCUUGAUGUUUCGGUACGAAAUAUUUCAGACUGACCAACCUUAGCUGCUGCAUCUAAUGAGCCCCCGGUCUUUUUCCCUCAUGCAGGCGAUCUUUGGGGGGUUUAUGCAAGAUUUUAAAAAAAAUCUCUUAACUUAUCGAAGCAGAGCAUGAGGUUUGGUUGUACAGCAGGCGUUUAACCUGGUUUAAUCUUAACAUGAAAUGAGUAGUGCGGGGGGCUUUUUUGUGGGGAUAGCUGGGUGGGAUGGGGGCUAUGUGUUGGCAUGCUGUGACAGGUUUUAAUCUUUGGAAUGAUUUUUUUCUUUCUCAUGUUUUGUGUAACAUCUUAUCUGUCUUGUAGUUUGAGAUGAACACUGCCCUAGAAUACGGUAUCUUUUUGUACUGAAUAAUCAUCUCUUGCGUAGAAGUAGUUUAGCGAUGUAUAGCAUCUUUAUGUAUGAGUAAAUUGUUGCUUUUUGGGCAAGGGGGGCUUGCAGCAGAGAUGGGACCCCCACCGCCUGAAGGUCUGAGUUAGAAGAGUUGUGAUGUGGAGCUUAUCCCAGCUUUCUACAUCUGAGGUGUCAUGAGCUAAGACUAGUGGGGUGAAUUUUUAGGAAGGGUGCUGGAGGAACCUUUUUUUAAUGGCUCUGUUUUUGUUUUUUAAGUGAAUAUUUUUCAUUUGGUUGGGUGUGCAAGUGCAUAGGUGGAGGCCGGUGGGGCCAUCAAAAGCUAUACAAUUCACCUGUAAUGCUCGUAGUGAUGGCUUCUUUGCUUCAUAUGAAUAAUUGUAGAAUACAUGUAGUAUAUGUGCAGUUAAUAAGUGUAAGAUUAUUAGUUAAAUUGAAAAAAUAUGUCUAGUUGUGGUGUUUGACAGGCCUUGCUCUAAAUUUGUAGUGAUGCUUUUAUUUCGUCUGUACAGUUGUACAUUUGUAAACGUUUAUGCUGUAAAUGGGAUGUCUUUUACACUUUUGGGGAGAAAAAGGCAAAAAUGUGCAUUUUGAUGUGUGUAUAUUCAUCACUCCUUUCCCCCUUGAAUAUAAUGUAUACAGUUUUAUUUGAUCAAGUGUUAUUUUAAAGAAAAAAACGACUCUUAUGGCUUCACAAUCUGGCAUGGUUUUUUUUUUUUUUUUAAUCCGCUUUGGGAAAGGCCAGCCUCUAUUUGUACUGGAGCUGUAACAUCCACUGUUGAUAGUCUUUCUGAUGUGUGACAGUUUAAAAAGAAGAAAACAAAAAACACUCUGUACUAAAAAUCUGAGGCUGCAUUUAGUCCUCUCUGCUACCAUGGAAACUUCACAGGAUAUGACAAGAAUUAUUUUUGUACAGAAAAGUGCUGUAUUUUGGAACAGCUACUACCUUGUAAGCAAAAGCAAUGUAAAAUAUUGUCAAUUAUAUAAAUAUGAACAUAUGAGUUUUGUCACACUGUCAAAGUCAUGUACAUUUUCAGGUGGCCUUAUGUACAUUUCCAGAUGUUAGAUGAAGAAAACAAACUCAUUUUUGGAAGCAGAAUUGUGACUAUGUAUGAUUAAAAUGUUCUUCUAACAUUU